GUAAUUUAAUUACACGCUCGUAAAGCAGCACAAGCAGUUUCGAAAACAAAAUAUAUAAAAUGGCUUUCAAGGUUAUUUUCGUUCUUGCCGCUUUGGUUGCCUGCGCGCAUGCCAGACCCGGCGGCCCAGCGGCCUACUCCAUCUCCGCGCCCAGCGUAGACCACGCCUCCGUGGGCAGCUCACAGGAGCACACCGUCAAGGGUCACUACGGCCAGUCCUCGCAGUCGGAGUACUCCAGCGCCGUGCAGACCGCGCAUUCGCAAUCGCACGUGCAACGUUCGAGCAUUAGCAAUGACGCCGCGCUCGCGCCACAUGUUGGUGGUCAUGUCAUCGCCGCCGCCGCGCCCAUCGCUCAUGCCUAUGCCGCGCCGACCGCCUACGCCGCGCAUGCGUACACCGCCCCAGCGGCCACCAUCAGUCAUGGCUAUGCGGCACCUGCUCUAGCGCUGGCGCACUCUGCGCCCGCUCUCUCGCAUGGCAUCACCUACGCCGCGCCAGCUGCGAGCUAUCACGCUCCGGCUUACAGCGCGAGCUACCACGCUCCUGCCUACAGCUACGCAGCUCCAUCAUAUAGCUACCAGGCGCCAGCUAUACAGUAUUCCGCUGCCACCGCGCCCGCCGCCUUUGGACAUUACGCCGCCGCUCCUGCCGCUCUCUCGCAUAGCUAUGUCGCUGCUGCGCCCGCUGCCACCUUGAAAUAUGCUUCGGCACCCGCUUAUGGAAUCCUUGGACAUGGUUUACCACUCGCUGCCCCCGCCUUGGCACCACUCGCUGUUAAGACCCUCGCCGCACCCGCUUUAGUGCAUACCGCCGUCGCUGGGCAUGGCGUGCAUUACGGUUACUAGGCAGACACAGUUAAGCGAACCGGAGCGUUGGGAGCGACGGAGAGUAGGAGUGAGUGAGAGAGCAGCCGUAAUGAGUGGAGACGGAAGCGCUGAACGCGAAGCGACAGCACGCCAACG